AUGCAGAUGGCGCAGGGCAUGGGGGGAAUGGGUGGCUCAACUGGGGACGAUGACGCUCUCGAAAGCUUCCUUGACUCUUACCUGACGAACGGUUUUGGGACGACUGGAAACAGCGGCUUUGGAGUGGGCAUGCAGCAGCAGCAGCUCCAGCAAGCUCCGCAGCAGUUACUCGGAGCCUCACUCCCCGGGCAACCGCAAAUGCAUAGCUCUAUACUGCGGCCUGCCAGCUUCGGCCAGCCACCAAUGCAAGUUCCUAUGCAAGGUGUUAACGGAAUGGGAUUAUCAAACGUCGACGACACAGCCAACAUGAGCAUACCGGCACUUCAGGCGCUAUUACGUCAGCGGCAGCUUCAACAGCAGCAAGCCAGCUUUGGCGGAGUUGCUGCAGCUCCUUACGGUCAGAUGACAGGCAUGAGUGGCGCAAGCAAUCCUGGCUUGCUGCGCCCGACCAGCCUUCAGGACCAUUUGUCAGGGACCGUUAGUUCCGAUCUCAGCACAUGGCGACCAACGUUGGGGACUUUGCCGUCGACGACCGGCAUGCAGACUUUCAACGCCAGCAACGGCGCCCAGUUUGGCAGCAGCGAUCAGCAGCUGCAGGGCUUCCAGGACACCACCGCCUACCAGAACCUUCUGGCUCCCGCGCCCGUGUUGCGGCCCUCUAGCGACAGCCUCCUCAUCAACCAGAGGGGGGUCAUGGGCACCCCCAUCAACCUGCAGGGACACGGGCUGUCUUCGUUGCGGACCAACUCCCUGUCGGCGCAAACGGCGGCAGCUGGGGCGGCCCCGGCAGGUGGCAGUGGCGGUGGUGGUGGUGGUGGUGGAGGAGCCAGUUUGCUGGGCGGAGCCUCCAAGAAGUCCACGUGGGAUGUCACCACUACGCCUGUGGCGGAGGGCAGCGACGACAGCAGCGAGGAUGAUUCGGGCCAGCGGCGGCGAGUAAAGGGCCGAUCGGGCUCCACAAACCACCAGUCCUCAGUCCAGCAGCAAGAGAAGAACCGCAGCGCCCAACGGCGCUUCCGACAGCGCCAGAAGGAGAAGAUGGCGUACUUGGAGAGCCGUACCGAGGUGCUCACUGUGCAGGUUGAGAAGCUGACCCAGGAGAACGAGUCCCUUCGCAACAUGAACACCAUGCUAGAGAAGGUGCUCAAUCUGAGGGAGGAACACAUUUCAAAUCUGCAGGUAUUCUCCAACCUCAAUCUGCGGGGGACGAGCGAGGGCAACGACGGCAGCGGCUCGGGGGAAAGUGUGAUGUCGGGUGACGUGGCGGCCAAGCUUCACUCGUUCGUGGUUCGUCUUUUUCACCUUUGUGUGGUGUCCUGGCUUGAGUUCUGGUUGAGUGUUUUAAUAAUUCGUCUUCUUUCAGUUUCCAUCCUAAGCUGUGCUUUGGCGUGUCGCUUUCAGCUGGGCUUCAAGUGUCAUGACCCCGCUGGGGGGGGUCACGUGCUGCCACAGAACAUGGACGGCGCCACGGCCAGGUUCACCGCUGAGGCGAUUCGCUCCAUGUCGGCGGAUGACGUCAUCGAGGCGUGGAAGGAGAACCUCAAGGAGCUGUCCAGGUACGUGGUGCUGGCGGAGAACCACCCCCCCGGCCAGGCGCUCCCGCCCCAGGUGGUCGCCCGCAUCACCUCCGUCACCGCCUCCAUGUCGGAGCUGGUACACAAGGUCGCCAUGAUCUCGCCGCUCAAUGUGAAGAGACUCCUGGCCACGAACAUGGAGGUGCACGCGAUGGUCCCGGUGCCGGAGACUCACUGGGCCCGCGUGCUGCUGGCGCUGGGGCUGUCGGAGCGGCAGCGGAAGGACCUCCUAGGGGCCCGGGAGCGGUUCCUGACCAAGUUUGAGGCGGUGCUGCAGGAGCGCGCCGCCCUGAUUAGCAGCCUCUCCCAACAAGCUAUCCCGCGGUCCAGGGUGUAUGCGGACAUCUGCUCCGCCUCUCUGGCUGCUCACGAGGCGGCGGACCGACUGCGGGGCAAUCUGCAGAGGGAGCACAACAUCAACAUGGAGUUUGUCGUGUUCGUGUUCAAGGGGGUCAUGGACUUGCUACAGGGGCCCGAAAAAAUGCAGGUCCUGCGGAAAUCGCGUCGAAGGAACGGAUAG